AUGGCCAACAAUGCCAAUGAUGGAGCCUUUGGGUGGGAAGACGUGCCGGAUUUGCCUGAAGCACCCACGGAACAGCCAAGUACAACCGGGAUUACCAUCUCUCUUCGUCAAAUUCAUGGCUGGCUGCACAAGAGGACAUCACCAAGGCGGCUCGCUUCCACCCUAGUGCUUUGGCCGGCAUCCAACAACACCACGUUGCCGACUAUUGAAAUGGCGUGCGUAUGGUACGACGAGUUGACUCAAAGACCUCGAGCAGAAUCCAACUUGCCGCUCCUCUACUUUGAGCAAGACAAGAAGGCUAUUUCCUUCUACAUGCCCAUCAAAGGUGCCACAUGGAAUGGAACUCUCCGGCAAUCCAACCAAGUCCGUCCUGUGAACGAAGUGGUCAAGGAAGUCAAGAAAGCGGAGACUCAACACCGCGCAAGAAGUCCUGUGCCACCAGGAUUUGACGGAAACAGAUAUCGCAAGGUGGUCCAUAACUCUACGGCAAAGGGAGCUUUGAAUCGACCAUCCGUACAGCCUGCAGGUUGA